CGAUUAAGGAAGCGGGCCUCUCGCGUUACUGUAAUGCGCCUUGGGGUUCGGGACCUCUCGCGAUAUUUCGGAGUUGUGGGAGAAGACCCGACACUUCGGGGGCGGCGACGCUGGAAGAAGAUGGCGGACGAAGCGGGUAGCAACGGGGACGCUUCAGCCUUGCCGGUGGGAAAAGAGGCAGGACAGGAAAAAGUCUACAAAUUGCCUUCUACCUGGAAGGGGUUGUUGGGUUCAUCUUUUGGUGACCAGAAAGUGGAUCAACUGAUCAAAGAAAAUAGCCACAUCUUCACUGACACCCAGUGCAAAGUAUGUAGCGCAGUGCUCAUCUCUGAAUCCCAGAAGCUUGCUCAUUAUCAGAGUAAGAAGCAUGCAAACAAAGUUCGGAGAUACAUGUCUAUCCAUGGGGAAGAGGAAUUCUGUCAGAAUAAAAAAAUAAAGCUGGAUACAGAGCAGCAACAGAGCAGUAACGGUGAAGACAGGAACAAAUGCUGUCCCAUCUGUAACAUGACCUUUUCUUCACCUGUUGUGGCUAAUUCUCACUACUUAGGCAAGACUCAUGCCAAGAAUUUGAAACUGAAGCAGCAGUCUCCUAAAACAGAAGCUUUAUCCAUUCAGAAAGAGCCUACUAAUCUUCUUCCCACCACUGUGUCCACUAAUGAAGAGAAUCAAAACACUUCUGACCCAGACAAAUUCUGCAGUCUCUGCCAUGCUACAUUCAAUAAUCCACUGAUGGCAAAACAACACUAUGUCGGCAAAAAACACAAAAAGCAGGAAACUAAGCUUAAGCUAAUGGCACACUAUGGGAGAACUCCCGAGGAACCAGCUGUUUCCAAUGCUGCAAAGGGAUAUCCCUGCAAUGACUGUAACAUAGUACUGAAUUCUAUAGAGCAGUAUCAAGCUCAUAUCAGUGGCUUCAAACACAAGAAUCACAUACCAGGAGGCAUUCCUGUAACAGCACGAUACCAGAAACAACUGUACACACGAGAGGAAACCACCGGCCCUGAUGGCCAGAGCUGUUUCAGCCAGGACCUCUAGAGCAAAAGUGCUGUGCUGUCUCUGAAUUGCUCGUGGCUCAAAAGUGAACCCUUUUGCCGGCCUGCUACGAUAUUACAGUUCCACUGACUAAGAGAGAUCCUCCUGGCCUGCAGUGUACAGGUUUAGCUGAUCCAGAACCAACUAUUGGCUAAAGGAUUUAGAAGGGACAUCAUUACUACUUGGCAUUUGCUCGGUCCUUUAGAGUAGUUUUCAUUGUGUAAUCUCUUACUGUAAUAGCAGAUGGGGGUGGGUGGGAUGUGGGGUUCUCUCGGGACCCAUCAAGGCUUGGCAUUUGCUGGGAUUCCAUCUUGAGCCCAUCCUUCCCUUCUGUCUAGAAGAAGCAGAAAGGAGUCCUACAACACAGGAACAGCCAGAGGAGAUCGACCCUAGGAAGAAAGCUCUUUAAUUCAUGAUAACACGAGGCUUGUUAUCUAUGAGACAUGGAAUGGGUGUAAUGACUAACUAACAGACUAACUAUCCUUGCUUAGAAUGGGGUGUUACAUUGUAUUCAUCUUGCCCCUGCUGGAAUUAAUAGGGUAUGUGUGCCGUUUCUUAAGUCCUCCAUUUUGCCAUUCAUAACUACUUUGUAUUUCAGCAGAUGUUGGCUUUGGAGCAACUGGUGGUCUGUUCGGUAAUUUUUUUUCUGUUAGUAGUACACAUAAUCAACUUCAGAAGGAGGGGACUCUGGUACAAAUAGUGGUGCCCCCCUAAAGCUUCACUCUUUUUGUUCCUGGCAUUCUUUUUCUGGAAACUGUAAUGUAUUUGAACCUAUGUGUAUACCAAGUUUUUUAUGUUAAAAUGUUAAUGAGAAAUCAUUUGAUGUGGUGAUGGAGGAUCUUAAUUUUUGUUCUUUAUGGCAUUCUGACAGACAGAAAUAAAUUGAGAGAACCCAGAAGCUGCAUUUUUACUAUCGAGUGGAAGUAGUGUUUGUAGGUGAACCUUCUCUGAGGCAUAUUUUAUUCUUGGUAGUGUCAGCUCUCUUAUUUCUUCCCUUUAUAACCGUCCUAAAGCUUAGAUAUUGGAUUAGGUGUUUUAGAGGCGUCUGUUCUCUUAAGAUUUCUAUUGUCUUCUGGCUGAUAAAUUUCUAGAACAUAGGAGAGAAUUCUACUUAAGUUGAUUUGGUUGCAUGUUUUCUUUAGAAAAGAAAGAAGUAUAAUCAGUUCUGAUAAUAUUAGAUUAUUUCUUUCCCUGUGCAUGUAAAAAUGGAGAACUGUCAAUAUCCACAUUUGUUAAGAGUACCAUAAAAUAGUAGCCACUUUAUGUACCCCACCUUUAAAACUAUUCCUGUUUAAAACCAGCUAACAAAUGUUCUACUUCAAAUGAAGCAGAAUUUCAUAAGACUUACUGUCAUUUGCUCAGUAGCUUGUUUAAUCUACAAUCUUCAUAAUGAACAGGAAGACCAUGUCUAGGUAAUUGAUUUGUAGGUCCUGCACAGUCUUUCCUAUUAUCACUUAAUCUUCCUAAAUGAAGCGAGUUGGCAGGAAAUGGGUAUGAAAAUUGGGGUAUACUACCUUCUAUUUUAUAUAGUGGCAGAGCAUGUGAAUUUGCAUCCCCUUCUGAUUGAGUGAGAGUACUACCUGGCAUUUUUUUACCUUUUUAGGUAGUCUCUAUUUCCACCUGCAUUAUUUGUGAGAUUGAAAUACAUGAAUAUUACUACCUUAUAUAUGUUCACUGGAAUAUAUAUAUCUGUGUUAAUACAUGUGCGUGCACACAUUCCCUUUUAGUCCAUUGAUUUUAAAAAAAAAAUUAAAAAUCUUAUCUUUGUGUCUCUACUUUUCCAGCUGAAGUAUUACGGUAUGGUUCAAAGUAGACCAGAAGGACUUUUUUUCCUAUAAUGAUAUAUUUCCAUUGAUUAUCAUUCCUGGCAAACCCCUUCUGCUGUUUUCUUUGGGCAUAAAUUAUUCUCCACCACUUUUGCCCAAAUUAAGCAAUUAUUUUUAAAACACUGUUUACAUUCAUGACUUCUUAUUGACUUAAUUUAAGUAUUCUGAGGUUGCAUCUCAUUAUUUCCAGUAAAUUCAGAAGUGAGCCUCCCUUCUUUCCCUCAAAAUAUAGUUUAUCUUUACAAGAAAAAAGGAGUAAUAGGAUUUAAAUAAUAUUGUGUGUAAAUCUAUGAUAAAUAUAUACACGUAGACACUUUCUCAUGACAGUUUUCCUGUGAACAAUCCUUUAAAUAUUAUCUUCUGACUUUUGGUGGUUAUGUGUACAUUAACAUUAAUUUGUUUCUUUCUCGGCAUUUAAGUUUUCUGUUUUGGCAUUCUCAUUCUCCAGCAUCUUGUGCACUAUUUGAGACUUGGUCUGUGAUAUGCCUAUUGAGCUUUCACAGUCUACAUUGUAAAGUUUUGGAGACUAUGGUUGCCUGUAUGAACUUUUGACUUUAGAAUUUUAUUUCUAUUGUAUAUUGAAUUAUUGAAUUAUUUUGCAGUUGCUAAGUGUUAAAUUUUGGCAAAUGCAAGGGUAGUCUGCACUUCAAUAAAGUGAUUAAUAUUUUGGUCCAGACUAAGUACAAAUGGGACAAGGUAAAUUCGUGAGUUACAAUUAACCUUUUGCCUAUUUUCUCUUUUUUAAAUAGCCAGGCAUCCUCUUUUUUAUUUUAGAGAUUAAAAAAUUGUUUUUGUAUUCAUA